UGCAUCAUCUGUCAACACACACUUUAAUUUAUUUAAAUAAAAAAAUAAAAAAACUUUUAUGUUUUCCUUUUGCAAAGUUAUUGCAUUUUUCGUCAUUUCUUUAUAGUUCUACUGUUUGUAAAUUUAAUUUUUCAUAAUAUUCUCUGUAUCUUGUCAAUUCCAUUCAAUUGGUUUUGUUUUCUUCUUCUUAAAAUGUCCUGCAACUCAUAGAAGAGAGUUGAGAAUUUUUUCAAAUUAAAAAAAGAAAGAAUAAAAUGCCUUUAUUUUCGCAAUGGAAUAUUUCAUCGUCAUUCCUGUCCCUGAUUUUUGCACUCCUACUCAGCGGCAUCGUCACCAUCCCUCAAAGCACUUAUGCAGCUAACAUUUUAGCAGUUUUCCCGAGCGUUUGGAAAUCCCAUUAUCUCUUUGGUAGGGCCAUCCUUCAGGAGCUAGUGGCCACUCAACAUCACAAUGUAACACUCAUAAGUGCCUUUAGAAGCGUGAACUGGGUUAAUGCACAACCAGCACCAUCAGACACCACCAGCAACAAUCUACCUCACUGUGGCAGCGGCCACGGCGGCGGCUGCGGAAGUCGACUCACCGAAAUCCAAAUCGAUGGCAUUGAACAGAACUGGCUUGAAAUGGGACUGAGUAUACAAAUCGAUAGUAUGCAUGAGAAGUCGAUUAUGGAGCGAUUUACAAGAUUGGUCUAUGCCGGAGCAUCGACAGCUGAUCUGGUUUUGGCCAAUAAGGAGGUGAAGAAUCUCCUGCUAAGCAAUUCCACAUUUGAUUUGUUUAUUGUUGAUAUAUUCCUCGGAGAUGCUUUGUUAGGGUUCUCACAGUUUUACAAGGCGCCAACUAUCGUGGUGAGUCCCACUGGGCCAAAUACCUGGAUCAACGAAAUGACUGGUAACUCACAGAACUCUGCCCUGGAUCCCAGCAAUUUCCUCCCUUACCUAGAGCAAAUGAGUCUCUAUGAGAGGAUCAUAAAUACACUUAUGUCGGUAUUUGAAAAAUUAACUUAUAACUUCUUUCACAUGAUUGCCCAUCAAGCUGUGUAUGAGAAACACUUUGAACCUUUUGCAAUGGAAAAAAAUGAAAUCCUGCCACAUCACAGAGACUUAGCUCAUAAUAUAAGUUUAGUUCUUAUGAAUUCUCAUGCGGUUGUCCAAUAUCCGAGGUCCUUUUUACCGAAUGUCAUUGAAGUUGGAGGAAUCCAUUUGAGAGACGAACAACUGCCUGAACACCUCUUAAAAUUUAUAGAGGAAUCUGUAGAUGGAGUUAUUUAUGUUAGUUUUGGAGCUGAUGUAAAAACUUCUGACUUCUCGGAUCAAAAACUAGACAUACUUCUUCAUGUUCUAGAAACACUCACAGAUUCAAUGCGAAUACUCUUGAAAUGGGAAGAUUCGUUUGAUAAACAUGAUUUUCGUUCGACGAACAUCUUCACAAGUGAAUGGUUUCCACAGCAAGCGAUCUUAGCUCAUCCCAAAGUCAAGUUAUUUAUAUCGUCUGCGGGAUUGAUGAGCGUCAUUGAAGCAAUUCACUACACAACUCCCAUGUUGGCCAUUCCAAUUCUGCCCGAACAAGAGGUGAAUGCAAAACGCCUCGAGAAUCGUGGCUGCGGCCUAAACUUGCCAUAUGAGGAUCUCAAUUAUGACUCACUGCUCGAUGUCAUUGCCAGCGCCCUCUCUAACAAAUCCCUACCAACGAACAUAGCCGCGACUAAGAAACUUCUUAACGAAAACAUUCAAGAUCCAAUGUCUCGGGCAAUGUACUACAUCGAUAUGGUCCUUCAAACCUCUGGGGCCAAUCAUCUCAAAUCGCAUGCCAAUAAUUUUGGUUUCUUCAAAACCGAACUCGUCGAUGUUCUAUUGAUUAUUCUUGCCGGCGUGUGUGUCAUUAUCGCAGUGCCAUUUUUAGUUAUAUGUGCGAUACUCAGAAGAUCCGAUUACACCCGCACGGAAGAGACAUUGUCGUCUAUGGUGAGGCAAAAGAGAUCAUCCGAACCAACUAGUCCGCCGCCGCCGAAGUCGCCGCCACUGAGGAGGGAUAGUAUUCAAAGAUCGAGCAGUAGUAGCGAGAAGUAGAAACAACAAUCAGAGUCAAGUGUACUUACUUCAGACAUUUACGUAUAUAAAGUUUUUAGUUUUUUGUUUUGUUUUGUGUUUAAAAUUAAGUGUAACGGCGGAAUGUUUUUCGGUAAGAAUAGAGGGGGUGAAAAAAAAUUGUGAUAUAUUUCGAAUAUAUAUGGAAAGUAACGAUUCAGAA